UCUCUUCGCUCGAGGUGUGGUGGUGUCGGUUGUCUGGUUAAUUUUCUUUGCUUUUCUUGACAUAAAACAGAAUGAUCCGUAACGAGUGUUCUGCAAUCUAAUCCCUUUUGUGUAUUUUGUUUUUAACGUUCAAACGGUUAGACAAAGUGCUUGUGUGAGUUGUGCAUUACAAUGGCUCGGCUUACGGAAGAGAUGGUGAUCGCACGAUCCAAGCAAUCGGAUUUAUAUGCGAUAAAGAAACUCAACUGCUGGGGUGCAGAGCUGGGCGAUGUAAGCCUCCUGAGACAGAUGCCUAACGUCGAAGUAUUGGCUUUUAGUUUAAACAAAAUCCGUACACUUGGGGACUUCGCUGGUUGUCGACGGCUACGCGAACUCUACAUACGUAAGAAUGAGAUUCGCAAUUUGGCAGAGAUCAGACAUCUGAGGCACUUACCGGAUCUCACCAGUCUCUGGCUAGAUGAGAACCCCUGCACGCAACAUCCGGAAUACAGGAUGACGGUGCUUAGAAAUCUACCAAAUUUAGAGAAGCUCGAUAACAUAAUUGUACAGCCUGAAGAGGUACAAGAAGCAAUGAGACGCGGUACCCACAUACCUGACUCUGAUGAUGAAGGAUAUCCACAACAGCAGGAGUCAUACGGUCAAUAUAGACGGCAGAGGUCGUGCGAGUCGAGUCCCGACAGAGAACCGGAGCCUUACUACGGCAGACCGGCACAAAGGCAUGAACAGAAACCGGUGUGCCAAAAAGAAAAUGUCAGAAAUGGACCGAAUCACGCUAAAUAUAAGGGAAGCGACGGCUCGCCCGAUGGAGGCUCCGAGCCCGCAACGGAGCCCCCGCGCUCUGAAAAUCAUCAGCCGUGCCCCCUAUCGCCGACACGACGUGCCCCCACACCUGAACCUGAUGAAAGAUACGAACACCCCGCAAUGACCAGUUCACAUUACGAACCACGCACUCGCCCGCGAUCUCCCGACGCAGCAUCACUGAGGCAUUCUGUGUCCGCUCAGAAUGUUAAGGAGUACACAUAUGCUGCUAAUGGUGAAUGGAGGCAUUGUGGAGGCGCGGCUUCAACCUCUGACAGAUCGGAAACAUACCAACCGCGCGAGUGGGAGCGAGAAAGAGAAACGGAGAGGGAGAGAAGAGAGAGGGAGUAUCCUUCCGCGGUAAUGGCAGAGCACCGCGGAUUCACGCGGCGACCUGUCACCAGAAAUUCGAAUCUACUGUCUGCGGUUCUGUGUCUUGUCAAAGAGCUCGACUACCCGAGCCUAGAGGUAGCGGAAAUGGCUGUAAGAUGUCGUAUGGACGAGCUAGCGAACAGCCAGUGACGUAACGCCGACGCCAAAUGCUAAACAAACCGAUGACACGCGACUUGCGACCUUAGCUUGAACAACACAAGGGCGAUAAUAGCGUGCGGCUUAGUGAUAGCACUGGCGUUAGCUUUUAUGUUGGACUAUUGGCCCAAAUAUUUGUAAAGGUGCCCAUACAAGUAAAUGUAGAUUAUUGAAAAAGAUCAGGGCUGCUAAACUAUGGCGAUAAAUUUAUAUUACAAUAU